AUGGAGAUUCCAAUCUCAAUCUGCAUACAUACAAGAUUGCAUACGGAUCAACGAAUCCUUUUGCUCUUCCAUACAACAAUGUCUUCUUCUUCCCCUUUUGUGUUCCCUCAAACUCAAUCCACAGUUCUCCCAGACCCUUCUUCAACUUACUUCUCCGCAAACCUUCUUUCAUCUCCACUUCCCACAAACUCUUUUUUCCAAAACUUUGUUCUUUCAAACGGAUCAAAACCUGAGUAUAUUCAUCCCUACCUCAUCCAAACCUCAAAGUCCUCACUAUCUGCCUCAUACCCUCUUCUCUUCUUCACUGCAUCAGUCUUGUACCAAACUUUUGUGCCGGAUCUCACAAUCUCUUCUACUCAAACACUUUCAACUCAACAAAACCAUGUAAUCUCAUCCCACAGUGACCUUGGUGUCACCUUGGACAUUCCCUCCUCCAAUCUCAGGUUCUUUCUCUCAAGAGGAAGCCCUUUUAUAACUGCUUCCGUCAAAUCUUCAACAUCUCUUUCUAUCACAACGGUGCACACCAUACUCUCUUUAUCUCCCAGUAAUAACAAAAACACCAAGUACACCCUUAAGCUCAACAACACUCAGACAUGGCUCAUAUACACCGACUCCCCAAUCUCUUUGAACACGCUUGGUGCUUCUCAGGUUACAUCGAAACCAUUUUCUGGCAUCAUCCGUGUAGCAGCGUUGCCUCAUGACAACCCCAACAAUAUGGCAGUUCUCGACAAGUUCAGCUCUAGCUACCCUUCAUCGGGUAAUGCAAAACUAGAGGAUCCUUUCCAUUUGGUGUAUCAAUGGAAAAAGGAAGGUUCUGGGGAUUUGCUCAUGCUGGCUCACCCUCUUCAUGUUAAACUUUUAUCAAAUAAUAAUAAAACUGGUAAUAUUGCCAUUUUGCAUGAUUUUAAGAUAUAUAGUAGCAUUGAUGGUGAUCUUGUUGGCGUUGUCGGAGAUUCAUGGAAGUUGCAAAUGAAUCAUAUUCCCGUGACAUGGCAUUCUAACAAAGGCGUGGAAAAAGAGUCAUAUCAGGAAAUUAUCUCAGUACUUUCCAAGGAUGUUCAAGCACUAUCUCCAAUAGCAACGGCAUCCUCCUACGCAUAUGGGAAACUUAUUGCAAGGGCUGCAAGGUUGGCGUUGAUAGCGGAAGAAGUGUCUUUUCCAAACAUGAUUCCCAACAUUAAGGAGUUUCUGAAGAAGAAUAUUGAGCCUUGGUUGGAUGGAACAUUCCCAGGGAAUGGUUUUCUAUAUGAAAAAAAAUGGGGUGGACUUGUAACGAAAAUGGGGUCAACUGAUUCACGCGCUGAUUUUGGGUUUGGAGUGUACAAUGAUCACCAUUACCAUUUGGGGUACUUUCUUUACGGAAUUGCGGUUCUAGCAAAGAUCGACAACGAGUGGGGAAACAAAUACAAGCCACAAGUUUAUGCACUUUUGUCAGAUUUUAUGAACUUGGACGAACAAAACUCUCAUUAUCCACGUCUAAGGUGUUUUGACCUCUACAGGUUACACUCUUGGGCUUCAGGGCUGACAGAAUUUGGUGACGGACGGAACCAAGAAAGUACAAGUGAAGCUGUGAAUGCAUACUACUCAGCAGCUUUGGUGGGUUUAGCAUAUGGUGACUCACAUCUUGUUGCCACUGGAUCAACGCUACUGGCGAUGGAAAUUCUAGCUACACAAACUUGGUGGCUUGUGAAAGUUGAAGACAACUUGUACAAUAAAGAAUUUGCAAAAGACAAUAGGAUAGUUGGUGUUCUGUGGUCUAAUAAGAGGGAUAGUGCAUUAUGGUGGGCGGCUGCUACAUGCAGAGAGUGCAGACUUGGAAUCCAAGUGCUACCCUUGUCGCCUAUCACUGAGACAUUGUUCUCUGAUGCUGCUUAUGUGAAGGAGCUUGUGGAAUGGACAUUUCCAUCUUUAAGUAGUCAGAGUUGGAAGGGAAUGACCUAUGCCUUGCAGGGAAUUUACGAUAAGCAAACAGCAUUGCGUAACAUAAGAACGUUGACAGCUUUUGAAGAUGGAAACUCAUUCUCUAAUAUCUUGUGGUGGAUUCACAGCAGAUAA